GAAUGAUGGGUCGAGCAGGAAUGAGUGGCUGUCCAUAUAAUGGUGCAAAUAUUCAAGUGAAAGCAAGCACCCCUAAUACCAUUCAGUAUCUCCCAGUGAGGCCGCAAGUAAGCAAUACUAAUCCAAGAGUUCCGCCCAGUUUAGAAUUUCUUCAACGUUUUGCAAAUCCUCAAAUGUCUCCAAUGGAUGUGAGUGGAGGAGGACCUAAUGGUCCUGGUCCCGAUGCAAACAAAAUGCAACAACCUGGUGGGCCCGGUCAAGGCAUGAACUUCUACCAAAAUUGUAACCAAAUGAGUGGAGCUGGACCAGGAGGUGGCCCUGGUCCAGGUCCAGGUGGCGGUAUGAAUUCUCACAUGGACACAAGUGGUCCUGAUGGAAUGAUGGGACUUGGGGGUCCACCGGUAGGAAUGGUUGGUGGACCCAAUGGUCCGAUGGGAGGUGGCAUGAACUCACAAAUGAUGCGAGGAAUGCGACCUAUGCGUCAGCCAGGUGGUGGUAAUGGAAUGCUACGCAUGCAAGGUCCCAAUCCGCAUAUGAUUGGAGGUGGUGGUGUUCAUCCGUUUGGCAAUGGCCCACCUAACCUUGAUGGUCCAAAUGAUCCAUCAAAUAUUUUUCAAAACAAUCAAUUGUUUGGCGGCCCACCUGGUCCCAAAGGAAGUCCCAUGGGCCAUGGAAACGGUCCAAACGGGGCACCAAAUGGACCUGGACUAGGUGGUAAUUCAUCACCAAUGGGUGGCGGCCCACCUGGUGAUCCAUCACAGUCAAUGCAGCCUGGUCCAUUGAAUGGACCAGGUGGACCUGGAUCAAAUCCCGGUGGGCCAAAUGGACCUGGCGGUGGACCUGGUGGUCCUGGUCCAAAUUACAAAUCAUCGCCCUUUUUGGGCCCAUCGACCAAUGAUCUUAAAUACGCUCAACAGUAUCACAAUUUUCAACAACAACUUUACGCUACUUCAACUCGUAGUCAAAUGAAUUCACAACUUGGAGGACAUAAUGGUCCUCCCGGUGGCCAAAACUUACCUGGUAUCUUAAUGGAAUCAAACUUACUAGGAAUCAAAAUGUUUGCUAUUUUGUUUUAA